CUUCCUUCUCCUUAACGUACACAUACACAUUAACCGCUUUUAGCCUGUAGCUAGCCCAGCGGAGCGUCUUUAGCCUGCUACGAUCCGAUAGCGUCUCUCCUGGUUUGUUAAGGCUCUGAGGGAGACGUUUGAAGCUCCGUCAGCCUGGGCUUCAGCUCCUGGCGCUGUCACCCUCCUCUGGCUGUCAGCUGUGUGGGGCUACUGUAACUCAACACAACAAGGCCAGGUAAACACCCAGGAAGACGCCGCAGUUGUCCCCUCACACACAUGGAGGCCAGUUGAAUAACGCGGUGAGAACGCGUGGAGGUCGAGGCACCAUGGAUCUCUUGGCGCUCACUCUGGUGGUGACCUCCUUCCACUGACCUCUCCCUCUUCCCAUCUUUACCGUCAUCGUUCCCCCUCAGUGUCCCUCCUUUUCCAUUCUAACCCCAUCCCUCACAACCGCUCAGACCUUCCUAACAUCAUGGCAGGCGAGAAAGGUCCCAACAAGCGGAGCGCCAUGGACAUCAAGCGCCUGGCGAGCCUCAUCCAGAGAGGGACGGGCCGCCUGCUGGUGAUCGACAGCAGGACCUUUUCUGAUUACAACGCGUCACACGUGCAAGGUGCGGUCAACGUCUGCUACUCCAAGCUGGUGAAGAGGCGACUGCAGCAGGACAAGGUGUCCGUCACCGAGCUGCUGCAGCCCAAUGGCAAAGUGAAGGUGGAGCUGGGCAGGAAGCAGGAAGUGGUGGUUUACGACCAGAGUUCCAAAGAGGCAGGGCACCUGUCCAAAGACAGUUUUGUGCACAUCCUCAUGGGAAAGUUGGAGGGUACCUUCCACAAAGUCUCCCUGCUCACCGGAGGUUUUGCAGCUUUUUCCUCCUGUUUCCCUGGCUUGUGUGAGGGGAAGCCUGCCACUGCACUCCCAAUGAGCUUGUCCCAGCCCUGUUUGCCUGUGGCAAAUGUAGGACUGACUCGUAUCCUGCCACACCUCUACCUGGGUUCACAGAAAGACGUUCUCAACAAGGAUCUGAUGGCUCAGAACGGUAUCACUUAUGUGCUGAAUGCCAGCAACACCUGUCCCAAACCAGAUUUCAUCAGCGAGAGCCAUUUCAUGCGCAUCCCAGUGAAUGACAACUACUGCGAGAAGCUGCUGCCUUGGCUGGACAAAACAAAUGAGUUUAUAGACAAAGCAAAGGUGUCAAACUGCAGAGUGAUCGUGCACUGCCUAGCUGGAAUCUCACGAUCAGCUACCAUCGCCAUUGCAUACAUCAUGAAGACAAUGGGGUUGUCAUCAGAUGAUGCUUACAGGUUCGUAAAGGACAGGAGGCCAUCCAUAUCCCCAAACUUUAAUUUCCUGGGUCAGUUGCUGGAGUUUGAGAAGGGCCUGCGGUUACAAGCUUUAACCACUGAUGAUAAGAAGUCUGAAAACAACUGCAAACAAGGCUCUGAGGUUAAUGGGGUCACUACUGGUUUUGAGAUCAAUGGUCACCACACCAGCUGCGACUCAUCUGUGGGAGAUCCUCACACCCAGACUGAAUCCAAGUUACCAUCACCAACCUCCCUCCAGCAGGGCUUUAAUGGCCUGCGCCUCUCAGCAGAGAGGAUCGUGGACACCAACCGGCUCAAACGCUCCUUCUCUCUGGACAUUAAGUCUGUCUACUCUCCUAACAGUCCACAUUGCCCCAGCAUGGCACUCACUCAUUCUGAAGACAUCCCCAAACUGUGCAAACUUGACAGCCCGGGAACAGGCACCUCCAAUGGUGUCUGCUCCCAGUCACCCGUCCUGGACAGCCCUGGCUCUUUCGAUUCUCCAUUCCCCUCCCCAAGCAGCGGGGGCAGCAUAGGUGGCUUGGGUGGAAGUGACGGGGUUCAUCGUUCUGGUAUCUCCUCAUCCAGAUCCAGAAGAAAAGCCAAACACAGCUGUGGCACUUCUCCGGUCCACUCCCAUCCGCAUCAUCCUCCACAGACCCUCAGCUUGUCCCUUGACCACAAGAGCCCCAGCCUGGAAGAAAACCUCAGGGGCUCCCCGCUCCUCUUGCUUCCCUCCCUGCCUGUUUUAGGAUCUGGGGCUAUGUGGACCAAACACAGAGACACUGUCCAGGCUACAACUCCCGUCACUCCAGUCACCCCAACCACAGAUGCUCCCUGGCAUUUUGGAGCAGAGGAAGGUGGUGAGGGAGAAAUGGAGCUGGGAGGAGAAGAGGGAAGAGGAGAGGGGUCAUCGGUUCGGUUUGGAAGCAGCUCGGCGUAUGUGGCGUUCGGAUGCAGUGAAGGCGCAAGGUUACGAGACAAAUCCCAGAGGGAGAAGCCCUUGGUGUCUCAAACACAGAGGGACCACUGGGAUUCCACAUCGACCACCUCAAACAAGAGCGUUCCUGCAUCGGAAAAACAGUUCAAACGGCGCAGUUGUCAGAUGGAGUUCGAGGAGGGCAUUUCUGAGACAAGGUCCAGGGAAGAACUGGGGAAAAUCGGGAAGCAGUCAAGCUUCUCUGGAAGCAUGGAGAUCAUUGAAGUGUCCUGACAGAUAAUGGAACUGAUCCAAGCUGUCUCGUGGGGGCAAAAAUGGACCUGUUUCAAGGGAGUGCAAGAAGAAAAAUGAGGUGGAGCAGACAAAGGUUUUUUUGUGCUCCCCUCCACAGACAGUGUUAAAGACUCCAACUGAGGGAAGGACAGAUACAAGCUAAGAGUUCAUGUGAACAGUUUGCAAACCUGGACUGACAGAGCCUCGGAUGUGGUGUUUAGGUACCCAUACUCAUCCCGAACUCUUACAAAUCCGAGGGAAAAGCCUGGGCGAAGGAGAGAUAAAGGUGUGACUGUUGGUACUCCAACUUUUAAUUUAUGUCAGCUCCGUCACAGGAUAAAAGAUAUCACCCCAACCACACAUUGAACCCUGAUUAUACAGAAUUCCCUGAUGUUCAGACUCAUACUGUUUGCCUGUGGUUAAAUGUAGUGUGCUUCAGUGGGUGUAUAGCUUGUGAUUUGAUUCGUCCCAAAGCUCCACCCCAGUGUCAGAGAACUUCAGAAUCAUGCACGGCUACAUCCACCCCACCACCACCUUUCCCCUGUGGCUUGGCCUGCCCCAAAUGCUGCAAAAGAACACCACCACCAACAACAGCAGUGGACUUUUUAAUAGUACCUUCUAUCAUCACAGCACAAAGCAGAGAGGUCCAACAGACUUAACAUAGAGACGGUACUGCAGUUGAAUAUCGAAGGAUCCUCUGGAUUCUGCUGAGGAAAAUAUUUGUAAUGAUGGGCAGUGUGUCCCUCCAAAGCACAGCGCAUAUUUCCUGACUUCGGCUCUCUUUGUUUCAGAUGUUAACAGCAUGAUAAGACUGAGGUUUCAGGAUCGCCCCCCCUCCCAAGCUUUUUCCCACUGAACCUAGCCACCAUCUAUGGCCACAAGAGAGCAUGCACCUGAAAGGCUGACUACAGACAGACAAAUACUAUAUAUAUACAAUAUGAAUAUAUAUAGCAAUUUUAACGAACUUCUGUUCAGUUAUAGUUUUAAUUUAUUGUAUUGCUUCAUUCUGGUAAUGAGAAAUAAUAUAAUGUUUUGUGGAUUCUUUUUUUUUCUUCUGUUGAAUUGCUAUUAUUAUUUGCUGUAUGGUAUUUAUGAACACACACUCAUUACAAAUACACACAUUCAACAAAAAUUCAAGCGAGCAAUAUGUGCUGUUCCUUCUUUUGAGAGAGUGAUGUAUGACUUUGAGAUGCACCUUUCUGGUGAGUGAAUACCGUUCACAUCCUGGCAACAUGAUACCUACGAAAGCCAAGUUUUUGCCUCUGUUUUGUAGAAAGAAGGCCCAGAUGUUCCGCUGAAGAGAUCUAUCAGAACCGGACCUCUGUUUUGUGAAUUCAGAAGUUUGUCACAACUGAGGGCUCAAUCAUGACUUAAAAAAAGACUGUUUUACUCAGCGUGUGUGGAGAUGAGAAAAGAGCAGCCGAGCAACUCUUUGAUCACACUCAUAUAUGUCGACAAAUGAGCCUGUUUUAUACCAACUCCAGUGCUGUGAAAAAGUAUUUGCCACUUACAGACUUUUGCUUUUGUGUCACACUUAAAUGUUUCUGAUGAUGAAACUAUUUUUUAUAUUCAACAAAGAUAACUUUAGUAAAUACAAAAUCCAGUUUUAUAAUAAUUUCAUUUAUUAAGGGAAAAGUUAACCAAACCAACCUGGCCCUAUGCGAAAAAGCAGUUGCCCCCAACAUCUCAAUAAGUUCUACUUCUGUCUCUUCAGUCCAAAGAGUUAAAGUCUCAUGUUUUUUGGCCAAUGAGAGAAGGGUUUUUUUCACCUUAUUUGAUGAAAUCAGCAUAUACAAACCUGCUUUGUAUAUUUACUCUGGUUAUAUAUGCCUGAUAUACAUUUUUAUGACUAUAUGAAAGAUGUUAGUGUGAGGAAAAAUGCCGAAACAGAAGAAAUGUGCAAUGAGCCAAUGCUUUUUCACAUCAUUGUGUAUGCAAAGAGAAAAACACUUCACAGUUUUCAGAUCCUCUCCGAGCCAGCAUCAGUUUGUCAGUGAUCAUCACAUGAUAUCCCACCACAGCUGAAACUAGACACACAUUCACGUCACACUGUAUGACCCUUACACUUACAGUGUAUUCACACACCCGUUCGUUCAUUCUCAGGGGAUCUUUUGGUGAGCCAAGCCCAACACAGGGUACACAGCUGCUGGUACAUCAGCACAAUGCAUGUCCAUAAAGCACCCUUUCUCUUUAUCAGUUUUUAAUCUGUUUUACAAUAAUUGUUAAAUUUCCAAAGCUUCGAACACAAGAGCAAAACACAAUGGACAGAAAAAUACAAAAAUCAAGACCUUCAUAUUUUGAGGUGGAAGAAACAAAAAAUAAAUUGGCUCUCCUGGUGUGAGAAGGUUAUUUAUUUAUGAUGUAAAAUGUGUUGAUAUUUUUCCUUUGACCCUGGAUUAGCUUUACUGUCUGGCGAUCUCUGACCUUUUGACCUUAUGCUGCUACAGCUACAAGUUCAGAUAAAAGUCAUGUGUUUCCUGAGGAACCUUUUUUCAACUUACUCCCUAUAUUUUUAAGAAUUGUUAUUUAUGCUAUGUAACGAGAAUGAUGCAGGCUGUCCCAUUUGCUACAUUAUUGUUAUUGUUAUUAUUAUAAUUAUUCUACAUAGCAACGCAUCUAAGAACACUGAUAAAUUUAGACAUGUUUUUAAAUUGAAAUCCAGAUACCUUAGGCUGCUUGAUGCAAAAAUACCUCAGGUUCUAUUGUAAGGCUUUUCCUUCCCCUGUACAUGUUUUGUGAAAAUGAGACAAAAAUACAGACAUGACAAAAUACA